GCACCUGAACGCACCAUCUUACCAGUUGGCUGGUAGGCGCUAACAACCGUGUGCAGUAUGGCGGACGAUGGAGACAGUUCGAGCGGACCAGUUGACACGAGCGGUGGGGCAGCAGCGGACGAGUCGGACGGUCUCACGCUCUACGGGCUCGGAGCGAUGUUGCUGAACAUCAGUAUUUUGGCUCUAGUGGUGGCGGCCUGUGUGGCGGCCUACCGGCGGUGGGGCAAACGGCUCGUCGCUGACGCGGCCCAAAGCGACGAGGCCUCGGCGCUGCCCAAGAUGAGGAGACGGGACUUCUCUCUGGAGCAGCUGCGGGAGUACGACGGACUCGAGAACCCGCGCAUCCUGAUGGCCGUCAACAUGAAGAUCUUCGACGUGACUAGCGGCAAAACGUUUUACGGGAAAGGUGAGUAGAUGGAGCACUUUAACAUCCGGGUGAGUUAGCUGACACGUCCAAGUUGUCCCGAACAAAAACAUCAUUUCUGGGCGCAAACGGUUGUGGUUAGCUUAGCUCUUUUGUCUGUGUUAUUGAAUGGGAUAUGCUAGCCGUUAGCUAACUAGCACUGGCUGUGUUUUUUGGUGGGGUCGUGACUCCUGUGGUGAUGCUAGAACACCCUAAACUAUAUAUUUAUACAACUUUUUAGUUAAAGUUUAGUUAAGCCUGGAUGAUUGUAAAUAACUAGCCUGCUAGCCUGUUAGCUUGUUGACGUGCACACAGACACACUGUCUGGGUGUCUGGUCUGUAGUCUUGUUUACACUGAUGGGACUCAUCGUGCAUGAUUCUUGGGAACUUUGCACCAAUGUUUUAAAUCUUAAAAUAAUGAAUGCAUCUUGCUAAUUUUCUGCAGAAAAUACGUGUUGUGGUUUGUUUUACUGGCAUCUCUGCUGUGAAAAGUGAAAGUUAAUUGUAACUUAAUAAUCAUAAUUUACUUCCACAAAGCAUGCUUCAGUCCCCAUAAGUGUUUCUAUUUCUGCAAAGCUAGGCUAACCAGCUAAUCAACAUUUUCCUCCUAGCUGCAGGACUCGCCCGUCAACUGUAAUAAACUAUAAUUAUUCAAGCAACAUUCCCAGCAGUCUCAUGUGUCACGUCCUGCUAACCGACACCAGCAGCACCGAGCCAAGUAGGCCUGAAUCAGGGCAGUCCAGUCAUGAUGUCACACAGUUUUACAGACAGACAGGAGUUGACUGGGUCAUAUCAUAAACUGUCCAGUGGGUGUUUAUCACAGUGGACUUCAUGCUGACGCAGAUAGUAGUGAUUCAGUGUGUCAGGUCAUAAGUCGUUUGGCUAUGAACACAAAGUAUCUUAUUGGUUCAGCUUCUGAAUAUUUAAAGUUUGGUCCAUUUUCUAGAAAGUGAAAGUUUGCCUCUUUUUCUAUGUGUUGAUACUUUUUGGGGUUUGGUUGACUUUAGGUGCUCAGAAGAUCGGCAGCUGGGACAUGUGCAUUUAUUAAUAAAGAUAAUAAGAUUAAUAAAGUAAUUAAAAUAUUAAAUAGUCUGUUGCAGACCUGCACUACUUGUUAGAGGAGAGUCCAGCUGGAGCUCACACACUUUAUUCAGAGACAAUCAUUUCUUCUUUGUUGUGAGUCUUAACACUUCUAAUAUCAAUCAUAAUAAGAACAUCGGUAUGUUGCUGUUGUGUUACUCAAGCCUGCAGUUUUAUCUGUAAAAUGCUAAUUAUGCAAGGUAUGAGCACAUCUAAUCUUUGAGGUGAUAAGGCGUCUCUGCUUCACGGUCAGAGUUUUUCUUUUUCUUCUGUUGCACAAAUAUUCCAUCAGAAGAGCCGAGGGCCUGCAGAGCGUUCACAUGCUGGUCAGAUGAUGUUCUUCUGGAGGAAAUUCAAGUUUUAAAACACAGCGGAAACGUGAAGGGAGGCUCGGAGCGAAAUGUUUCAUGAAGGCUGAAUGUGUUGGAAGAAGUUACUCAACAGGACAACAGCUGCUCGUUAGUGGACAGAAGGAAAUACCAGAAAGGGUGAAAGGCUCAAAAUGAAAGUUAUGGAUGCACUGAUUACACUUCCUCUCCCCCGAAGUAGAUUCAACUCAGAGUAUCUGUUGAUACCAGGUACUGUUCUACCAGAUCAGGUCCUCUACUGAUAAUGUGAUCAUAUUUUAGCUAAAGCAAAACGAUUGAUUCCUAAAAAGAAGAUUAUAUUGCUGGACCGAUAAAUCCUCCUUUAUCGAUACAUCAGCUGUUUGUGUGUCAGGCGGUAAGAAGCCUGCAGCACACACAUGUCAAAGAUGAGUUUGAGGUAAUAUAUUAAUGUUUUGCAUUAAUGUUUAAAAGGGAUAUUGGCCCGUAUAUGGUUAUAUAUGUAAUUAGAAAUGUGGGUUUAAUUUCUUAGCAGGUAGAAUCAUUCAUUGCUAAUGUUUUACUCAUCUUGAGAAGUUCAAGUUUAGAAAUCUUAAAGAACUUGCGGCUGCAACUAACUUCUACUUUACAUUUAGAUUAGUUUGACAACUUAUUCCUUGAAUAAUAGAUCAGUGGGUUAGUGUGCAAAAUGGUGAAAAAUGCUCCCGUAGCAGAAGUUAAUGUAUU